UGUAACGAGUUACCUUUGUUGUGUUAACAUUAAAAAUAUUUUCACACCUUAUGCAGGUAAAAUAAAUAAGAUAGUAAUUUAAGAAAUAUCUAUUCUUGUAAACUUAUAGAAGAUUUGUUAUUAUCAAUAAUGAGUUUGUUAAGUGACCGUUACUUUUGGAGACAGGGAUUAGUAUUCUUUGCGGACUUAUCAUAUUCUAUAAAUACCGGGUUUAUGCUGUCAUUUCCAUCUUUACUGAACGCCGCCAUUUUGUCUCCAAAUACCACUGACAUCAGAGCUACCAAUGAUCAGGCGUCCUCGAUUGCUGGAAGUCAAGGUCUUUCUGGGGUUAUUGGAUUCUGCCUUCUUCCAUUCCUAUUGCAAUCAUUGGGCAGAAAAGUCGUUAACAUAGGAAUUAAUGCAAUUGUUGGAGUAGGAUUUCUAGUAUUUGUGUUAGCUAAUAAUAUUGCAGCUUUAUAUGCAGCUAGAAUGAUCCAAGGUCUAUCAAUUUGUGGAGUAUAUGUCACUAUAAUAACGCUAGCAGAAUACUGUAAUGCCAAGCGACGAGGUUACUUCAUAACAUUAAAGAAAGGUUCGGUUGCUAUUGGCUCAUUAAUGUGCCACUCCAUGGGACUAUUCUGGACAUGGAGACAAGUUGCUGCUUUUGCAAUUAUUCCGAACAUCAUAGCAAUAUUUAUGACGUUUUUUUGGCCGGAGAGUCCUCCUUUUUUAGCAAUGAAGGGAAGGUAUUCUGAAUGUGAAAAAUCUUACAAAUGGCUACACGGUGAAGGUUCAGAAGUCAAAAAAGAUUUUGAAGCUAUUAUAUCUGCCCAAAUGGAACGGCGAACACAAGAAAAAAACAAAAUGUCCUUUAAAACAACAUUUUUGAAAAUAUUUCGAAAAGACUAUUUAUUACCAUUUGUAGUUGUCAAUUUAUUAACAUUGAUUAUAGACUGCUGUGGAAGAUACUAUACUUUGGCUUAUAUUGUUCAGAUUGUUAUAGAUAUAACUGGUGACGCAUCUAUUGCAACAUAUUGUACCAUAGGGUCUGAUUUGCUUACAGUAGUAGCUUUGGCAUGUUCCUGUUUCAUCGUUUCUACUUUUAAACGGCGCCAAAAUUUGUUUACAUUUGGAGCAAUAUCAGUAAUUUUAAUGUUUUUGACAAGUAUAGUGACAUAUUUUCGAACAGAAUUCAAUAUAAGUAUUAAUGUAUGGUUGGCUCCAAUUAUUAUUUUAACUAAUAUUUUUGUCGUCAACGCUGGGGUUAUACCAACUUGUUUUGCUAUCGUCAGCGAGAUCUUCCCAAUAGAACAUAAGGGUUCUGGACUUUGCACGACGGGUAUAGUUUUUACGUUAUUGUAUGCUGGUGUUAUGAAAUUCACGCCGAUGUUGAUGGAGCAUACCGGGGUCCACGGUACUUUUGCUAUUUACGCUACACUGAAUCUAGUUAGUUUUGUGAUAUUAUAUUUUAUUUUAAUUGAAACAAAGGACAGAACUCUUCAAGAAAUUGAAGAUGAACUAAAAGGUAUCAAGAAACGUGAUGGUAUUUAUCCGUACAAUAAUGAUCAACUCUUGAAAGAUUCAGAAAAAAUUUAAAAGAAUUAAUAUAACAAUAAUUUUUGGAAUGACUUAAAAAAUAUGAGGUCUACUCUAUUUACUUUGCAUAUAAUAACUAAAUUCGACCUUUAUUGUUUUCAUCUCUACGUGUCGAAAACCUUUAUAUUAAUACUGUUAAGUCUAAACAAAUUUUAAAUAACUCUGUGUCUGUGUUAUGUUCAAUAAACAAAUGGUGACGAUAUAGCAGCUGAUUGCACUCAACAACACUAAUAUUUUUUUCUUUACAAACUUGUAAUUAAAUAUACAAAAUGUUUU